AUGAACAUGUUGGACGUAGAAGACGACAGCUUUCACGUCACACGUGAAGGCUACUCCCAUCUGAGUGACUCAGAAUGGGAGGUAGUCGGCCGCAUGAGUGUGCUCAUGGGCGAACCCGCCAUCAGUGGCAUGUUGGAGUCUCUAAGCAGAGACCAGCAACAUGCUGCUAUCAACAAGUUCCUACAAGGGGAACUUGCCGUCGAAAAACAGAAGAUAGCCUUGCUACAGCAGCAAGGCUCUCAUCAGUCGAUGGGCGGGCCGACGCACAUGCGUCGACCCGAAACCUUGAAGAUUGAUAUCUCAAGGUACAAGGGAACCGAUGAAGAUUCCCUUUUGAGAUGGUUCGUCGAGUUAGACGACGCCAUCAGGGCCCGUCACAUCGAGGGUGACGAGAUGCAAGUCACCUUCGCCCUGUCAAAUUUGACAGGACGAGCAAAGACUUGGGCCUUAGGGCUCAAGCUUCACGACCCAAACGUGUUUGAGUCGUUGGAGACCUUUCAGGAUCGGCUCAGAGACGUUUGA